UGCGAUUACCAUCAUUCAAUUCAGCCUUGUAUUUACUUGGUGAAAUUGAAGAAUCAAGCACAAAAAAAAAUCCAAAACAGUACCUUGCCGUUUAUUAUCACACAAGACAGCAUUACCCUUCUAUUGUUAUCAUCGACAUUCUUAACUCUUAAGAACUGAUUCACCAACGACCCCUCUGAAUUUCAGAAUUUUAUGAUCCCCGUGUUAGGUUCCGCGAUAUUGUGUUGUUAGGGUUUUCAAUUCUUAUCAAAACCUGCUUGAUCGAACAGAAACUAUCAAUGAAGGGGGAAGUGCAGCUUCAGCCUCCAGCGGUUAUGCAAAACCCUAGUGAUUCGGACCCUUUGCUCCAUAACCAGGAGGAGGAGGAGGAGGAUGAGUCACCGGGAAGCUCUGGUGAGAUCAAGAAUGAGGAAGAAGACGUUGAGGCUGGAUUACUCCCCUGUUGUCGAAUUUGCCUCGAAAGCGAUUCCGACCCAGAGGAUGAAUUGAUAUCUCCGUGCAUGUGCAAAGGGACCCAACAGUUUGUCCAUCGUUCAUGUCUUGAUCAUUGGCGCUCAGUAAAGGAAGGAUUUGCCUUCUCACACUGCACAACCUGCAAAGCCCAAUUUCAUCUUAGAGUUGAAUCGAUUGAGGACAACACUUGGCGUAAAAUAAAGUUCAGACUUUUUGUGGCAAGGGAUGUUUUCCUUGUUUUUCUUGCAGUACAAACUGUGAUUGCAGCUAUUGGUGGCUUUGCAUACAUCAUGGACAAAGAUGGUUCCUUCAGGAACUCGUUUGAUGAUGGUUGGGAUAGGAUACUGUCAAGGCAUCCUAUUCCAUUUUAUUAUUGCAUUGGAGUGCUGGCCUUCUUUGUAUUGAUUGGGUUUUUUGGCCUCAUACUGCAUUGCUCCUCCCUCAAUAGCAAUGACCCCAGAAUGGCUGGCUGUCAAAACUGUUGUUAUGGAUGGGGCAUCUUGGAUUGCUUUCCUGCAUCAAUGGAGGCGUGCUUUGCCCUUGUGGUUGUUUUCGUUGUCAUCUUUGCAAUUCUUGGUAUAGCUUAUGGUUUUCUUGCUGCCACCAUGGCCAUUCAAAGAAUUUGGCAGAGGCAUUACCAUAUCCUCACCAAGAGGGAGCUUACAAAGGAAUAUAUAGUAGAGGAUCUUGGUGGCUGUUAUUUCCCACCAAAGUUGGACCCAGAACAUGAAGGUCGCUUGAAAAUGCUCAAGCUCUUGUAAUUACGGAGCACACACCUGUAAAAAUGUUUUUGAAUGAUUUAUAAGUAUCAAGUUGAUGCUUUAUUUGACCGUUACAGUCUCAUGAUUAGCAACCUUGUUUGCUAGUGCUUGGAAAUGGUUUAUAUCAUUGUUUUUUUUUUAAACAAAGAAUCUGGAUCCUUGCCAGAUUCUGUAUACUGGAAAAUGAUGAAAAUAUAUGCUAAUAUUUGUCCAUACACCAGGAUAUACCUAUAAUGUAUCCAUCGCAAUUGUCAUAUGAGUAAUGAAAAGUGGAUACCUCUUCACUCCAAACAGCUUAUUAAUACAUAUAAUUUCUGUCUAUC